UAAACAACAUUAUUAUUAGAUGACAGACAUUUCUCUCCAAGUCUAGCCACUCAGCAACAGCGAUAAAUCACGAGACGUUUAGACAGUGUUAUCAAACAUAAUUAUAAUUGUUGUUUUGUAUACGUUAUCGAUGUAAACAAGUUUUAAGUAACUCCGUACUAUGGACCUUCGGGAACUAUUUUUAGGCCCGCGUGGAGAUGUUUGAUCCAUUGAACAGUUGUUAGUUAGACCGAGCGACCGUGCAGUGCCGGUGCAACCAAAAUCAGCCAAAAAUGAAUUCGUUACAAUAUUUAUUUAUUAUAAUGGUAUUAUUAGGAAAUAAUUUAGUGGCGCCAGCGCAAGAAGAAACGCAUCAAUACAGGUUGUCCGACCCUGUUAAUAAAUGCAGCCAUCGCCUGUCGCAGAUGAUAGCGAACUUAUGCAAUAACAUGUACAAAAUUGUGAAGAGAGAUACACGUUCAUCGAUAAUGAUAGAUAAGCUAGUCCCAGAAGAUCUCCACGAGCACGUGAAGCGCGCGCGGCUGAAGCGGUGGCGGCGCGUGCGGCGGCAGGUAGCCAAGGAGUGCUGCGAGCGGCCGUGCACGGUCAGCAACUUGCUCAUGUACUGCCCCGCGGAGUCGGAGGUUGUCAAAGAGCACCCUGACAUAUUUGGCUGAUUGUAACAAGAAUGGUGCCAAUGGCCCUGCACGGUCAAUGCUGUAUUAACCCGAAGACAAGCACUGGAGAUAACCCUGACAUCUUUUGGCCGUGCACGGUCAGCAACUGGCUCAUGUACUGCCCCGCGGAGUCGGAGGUUGUCAAAGAGCACCCUGACAUAUUUGGCUGAUUGUAACAAGAAUGGUGCCAAUGGCCCUGCACGGUCAAUGCUGUAUUAACCCGAAGACAAGCACUGGAGAUAACCCUGACAUCUUUUGGCCGUGCACGGUCAGCAACUUG